UCUCUCUCUCUCUCUCUCUCUCUUUCAUACUCCAUCUAACGUUUAUUUUCCUCCUCUCAUUUCCUUUUACUGCCUUGCCUAUUCCAUCGACACGCAGUUCCUAAAAUAUGGCACGAUCUACCAGCAUCGUCGCCUAUCCCCACACUCAGACUCAGACUCAGACUCAGGUACCGAUGAUCCGGCACGAGUCCCAGCUUCGAAAACAAGCCCUCUCGACCUAUGGCCCACAGGGUGUACUGGAUCUGGCCUUAUUAGGCGCGAUUCUCGGGAAUAACAUUCGAGAAAUUGGACGGUACAGGGUCACCUGCGAUGGACAGCUCGUUCAGGGUCGAUUCUCGAUCUACGAACUCGUCCAUUUCGGAACACUUGCUGUUACGGGCCGACAACGCGAACCCAAAUCCCAGCGAAAGCAAAAGCGUGAGGGACAGAACAAGGCUGGUCCUUGUUUAGUGCCUGAAGUGUCUACAGUGUCCGAAAAUCAAUGCAGCAGCGCUGCUCCAAGGAUCUACCCAGCUAUGCUAGCAAAUUUGUUUCCGACAUUGGUGUUCAAGGCGCUGCGACAAAAAUCGAUUCGACCAUCAAAGUUCCAGUACGACGAUUCAGCAUGCGGUACUCCUAUGUCCUCUAUCUUCCCCUUCGAGAGCGAUGGAAACCCCUCCGCAACCCCAGCUGAAUCCACUUCUCCACCAGCGGCAGCAGUGUCCGCAGAUACCACCACGACCACGACUGACUCUUUGCUGAUCUCCGACGAAUCCACACUUUCAGGCCUUGUCCAGCAACGCCUACACCGCGCUAAGGACUUGCCUCUGCCUCAGGAGCUGUGCUUUCUAGGCGCAGCCAGUCUACCACUGCCACCGGUGUUGCGGGCGAUGCACAUUGCUUGGACCAUGGAUUUUCUUAGUACUCGUGCGACCACUCCCCGUCGUCAGCGCAGGCAGCUGAAGAUGAACCUGGGUGGGCAGCCGACCGGAGGGUUGGAGUUCCGACCGGACGUGUAUGCUUACCAGAUGCGCGUUGCUCGGUUGGCCCGAGCACAGAAGCACAACAAAGCUACUACGGCUCAAAUCAAUGGCAGCAGCGGCAGCGGUGGCAGUAUAUCGGAGAGCGCAUCCAUCCGUCGCGGUCCGUCGUCUAUGUCGAUUCCUGAAGAGAACGAAGACGAAGAUGAACACAGCAAUGGGACGGAUAUGCCUGCUAAGACCAACAACAAUCAAUCGCCAUCUACUUCCACAACAACCACUACCACUACCACCACUACAACCCCAAACAAAACCACGACCGCCCCCGAAAGUGCCACCCCCUCGUCUGUAGAUCCCUCGACCUCGACCUCCAAAUCCGUUCGACAGGACAAACGCAUGAUGCAACAGCUUCUCUCGCUCGAGAACAAGGUCCCGAGGGCUGUGCGUCAAUGGGCCGCGGCUGCUCGGUCUUGCUUUGCGGAAGAACUUCUCCUGGAAGAUCGUAAGGCUCAAGAAUGGGUUGACCGUCAACGGGUCCAGGUUAUUCCCGGAUACAGCUAUCAUCGUCUGACUUCUUCGGGCUCAGCUCAUCGGCGUCCUACGCUGUCUCCUAUCUCGACAGCAUUGGCCAACGCAUUCGCGACCUCUCCGCAACUGCAGCAUUUCAGCCAUCGCGGCGCUUCCAGUCCUCGCGGCGCUUCCAGUCCUCGUUCAGCAUCAAUGAAAAACCUUCUUGUCCCCCCAUCUCCUCACCCUCCGCUUUUGAGCACCUGUACAGCCUUCUCCGAGGGCGUCCAUUCGGCGAGCAACCCCAAAGGAACUAAACCUAGAGCUGGAAGCGCUCCGGCAGCAGCAGCAGCAUCGUCACCAUUACCAUCACCAUCACCACCAGUGGCACCACUAUCACCUCCGUUUGCCCCCUUAUCUGUACCUGUUGCGCUUCAUCAAGGCUUUAACAGCGUUUGUAGCAACCAGCUGGCCAAGACAUGCUCAAGGCCUACCAGUGCAACCUUGGCCAACCGCUUAGGCACCAGUCAGCAGAUGUUGAGUAUGCAUCUCUGGCUCAGUCUACUGGUCUCUCCCUUGAGUCCUGAGCAUAUGGUCCAAGAUCAAUUUGGGUUCUUGGACUCUUGAAUACAAAGGCAAUCCCAAAAUCGACAAUGCGAUAGAACGCUGUAGAAAACAACCCAAUCUCUCACGUUCGAAUAUUCAAAUAAAACGACACAUGUACAGGCAUAGCAAGCUUAUAGCGUAAGCUUCUUUUUCUUUUUUUUUU